ACAGACGUUUUCUUGCGCUCCCAUGCAGCUGCUGGUUGAGCGCAGUCCUGCACAUGGUCGGCCAGCCAACCAGUUGAAGUUGGAUGCAUGAAACACGGACGGAACCUCCUCGUUGAUUCAAAAGUGCUUUACCGAAAAGGAGACAAGAAGACGUGUCCGCAAAGACUCCUGACUGGUGCGCGCCUUGGCACCGAGUGAAGCCCACCGAAGGGGAGCAGGAGCUGAGCAUCAACAUAUCGGCGCACUGUCAGAGCUAGUAUGUUCACGUUGACUGUUUUCUAUCACCUACAUUAGUAGUUAAACCAUUUAAAAGAUCCGGAAUACGGUGCGGAGCGUGUCAUUUCGCGCAACAACCUCGCCAAUGCUGGAAUGGCUGAUGGCUCUCUGCAUUGUGAUCCUGGUGGUCUUAAUCUGGCCAGGCUCCAAAUAUGUUGGCACCGAGAACCAGUCCGAUGCCUUGCUCCAGGGGCUGGGGAUUUCGCAACAGGCAACCAAGGACACGAGCGCGAGGUGCGUCUCGGAGCAAGCGGGGAGCGACGUUUCCCAGGCGGCCCUCGGUGAGAAAGCGCGUGCCGUGGCACUAAUAUGCAAACCGUCCGCACUGGCCAACUAUCUCCUGAAACACUGCAGGACUUUCAGCAAUUACUCGCCGUGUGUCGGCUGGACGUGGCGGGCCAGCGCUUUCCUCCAGAGUGCGUACGAGGCGUGCUGGCCGUACGACAGCCCGGUCCAGUUUGUGCGGGACAACCUGCAGCUCAGCGAUGGCGGACUGGUGGCACUGGACUGGGCAGUGCCGUCCUACCAGAAACGACGCAGGACUUCCAGUCACUCCGCCAGUCCCGUUCUGCUCAUCAUUCCAAACUCGUUUGGGAAGUUCACUAGAAAUGUGUUAAAGUUGUGUGAAACGGCCCUGUCCCAUGGCUACCUUCCGGCAGUUUUCAACCGCCGCAGCCACAACAGCACCCCGCUCACCACACUCAAGCUGCAGCAGUUUGGGGACCCCGCAGAUCUGCGCGAAGCUGUGCGCUAUAUUCGCCAUAGACAGCCUGCAGGAAGACUGUAUGCAGUCAGCGAGAGCACAGGCUCGGGCCUUCUCCUUUCUUACCUUGGGGAGUGUGGAUCAUCCAGCUACAUGACGGCGGCCGUCUGCCUGUCACCUGUGUUCCGCUGCCAGAGCUGGUUUGAAAGCGGGCUGUGCUGGCCUCUGCAGUGGGUGUUGGCGCUCUACCAGAAGAUCUGUCUCAGCAGGUACAAGACGGUGCUGGGUGAGAGCAUACAGACAGACACCCUGUUUUCUAGCUGUUCCUUACGUGGCCUGGAGGAGGCAUUGUUCUGUCAGACUGGAGAGGCGGGCUCUGCACCAACGGCACCAACAGGGACCAGCAGCCUCUGCAAUACUUCAGGUACCUGGGAUGGUUACUGGGAACGCAAUGAACCCUUGAGAGACGUGGACGAAGUGGCUAUUCCUGUUCUGAGCGUGUGCGCUCAGGAUGACCCGGUCCGCGGUGACGCCCAAUCCUCCGUACCCUUUGAACUCUUUGAGACAAACCCACAUUUCUUCCUCCUCCUAACUGACCGUGGAAGUCACUGUGGUUUCUCCACCCAGCCCGAGGGGAGCGCCGCCGCUGCAUUUGGUGCAGCCAGUCACGCGGCCGCACCGAACAGUGGGACGGAGAGCCGUUGGACCAACUGGAGCCACAGAGCUCUGCUGGAAUUCUUCAGGGCGACCACAGACUUCUUCGCUGGAGAAGAGAGAGCAAAGCAGCUUGCUUCUCGGAGGAGAGGGCUGGGGGGAGCAGCGGGAGGGAGGGUGUUCCGCCACCGCAGUGUCAGUACAUGUAAACGAGUGCCAGCGUGUUCCCAUAAUAUCCAUGCCAUUUACAACUGGCAGAGGUCCUAUACACGAUGAGGCAGCUUCAUGGAAGUUAAUGGACUACACUGAUGCCUUCUGAUAUUGUUUUCGAUUUGGAAGGUUAAGGACUGGGUUGCUCUCUGCCUGUGUGACACUCAGCAACUACACGUUAACAACAUCUGCACUUGUCUAGUUGUGGACAUCUUAAGGACUGAGGUCAUGGAGUGUGUGUCAUUCUCACAUACUUGAUAUUUGCUAUAAAACAAGGUGGCAGUUGUCACUAAACUCUUGAGACGUGCGGCGAUAUAUUUUUCUACAGACUGAUACAAAUCUCUUCACUGCCAGCUGGUUAAUCUGUAAGAUUCUGUCACGACACACAUUUAUUGAUUCAUCAAUUCAUCUGCCUCACACAGUUUACACAGGCACUUACAGUAUCUUGCUGUUAUUGUUUUGUAUCACUGAGGAGGAUAUUGAUAGGAGAGCAAAAGUGUUGAAAGUCUUUUGCAGAGAGUAAAAAUGUGAAGAAAGAAAUCCUGUAAAAGUUUGAAAUACAUUUGAGCUCCAUGUCAGAAUGAACUAAUUAAGUGGAAUGGUACACAUUAAAGAGAGUUUACCGUGUA